AUGUUGCAGGCCAUCAAAUACAACCAGGGCCACCUGGAGAUCCUGGAUCAAUUGCAAUUGCCAUUCGUUGAAAAAUACAUACCUAUCCAGAACAGUGAGGAUGGCUGGGAGGCAAUCAAAUCGAUGAAGGUGCGAGGUGCCCCGGCCAUUGCCAUUGUCGCAAUGCUUGCGCUCUGCUCUGAAUUGUACGCUCUUGGCACCGCGGGAAAUAUCCCUACUGCGCCGGCCGAUGCUCAGGAUUAUAUCAACAAGAAGCUGGCUUACUUGCUAACGAGUCGACCCACCGCCGUUAACCUGAGCGAUGCGGCUCGCAAAUUGGAAGUCCUCACGGCGGAAGCUGCAGCUCGGCCUGGCAGUACUGGACAGGAUGUUACGAAGGCAUUCAUCGGUGCUGCGGAAGAGAUGCUCGGCAAAGAUCUUCAAGACAACCAGCAGAUCGGCUACAACGGUGCUGAGUGGAUUAUGAAACAUGCUGCGAAACCAGACAUCCCGAACGUGGCCGUUUUGACACACUGCAACACUGGCUCUCUUGCCACCUCGGGCUACGGUACAGCUCUAGGCGUGAUCCGGUCACUAUCAUCGCAAAACGUCCUACGACACGCGUACUGCACAGAGACAAGGCCUUAUAAUCAAGGUUCCCGGCUAACGGCGUUCGAACUUGUGCAUGACAAUAUCCCAGCUACCUUAAUUACGGAUUCCAUGGCUGCAGCCCUACUCGCAAACACCAGUGUAGGUGUGAAUGCCAUUGUUGUGGGCGCAGACCGAGUCGCCGCGAAUGGAGACACCGCCAACAAAAUUGGUACCUAUGGCCUCGCAGUUCUAGCAAAACAUCACGGCGUGAAAUUCCUCGUCGCAGCCCCUCUCACAACCAUCGACUUGGCGACAAAGUCCGGCGAGGACAUCGUGAUUGAACAACGCCCAUCCAACGAAGUGACCAGUAUCAAGGGACCCCGUCAGCAGGAUGUUGCCAGCGGUAGUGCGGCCCUGGACCUGGAAACUGUCUGCACCGCUGCGCCGGGAAUUAACGUCUGGAACCCUGCUUUUGAUAUCACGCCUGCGAAUUUGAUCGAUGGAAUCAUCACUGAGAAGGGCGUUGUUGAAAAGGGAGCCGACGGACAAUUCGAUAUGGAUGUGCUGUUCAACUAA